GCUGAUGGCUAUGCUUUUCUCUGCACCUUGUCACAGCUGCCCAAAUUACUGGUUCCUGAAUUCGAAUUGGCAUUAAUAUUCAAAUAAACUGCUUCCUCCACUGUGUUUGUGAGAAUUGUGCUAACUUCUUUUUAGCCAUGUUGCCCACUUUAAUAUCUGCUGAGCCCAUAUUUUGCAGUCUCACCCUUGAAAUAAGUGGACUUGGGACAAGGCUGUGCCCCUUCCCUGCAUGGCUGCAGGCUCAGGAACCAAAUAGCUGUGGGGAUUAAACAUGGAUUGAGGGCCUGCCUUCUUAAAAUGCUUAGGCACAAGCAGAUGUCUUAUGAGAUUUUGGAAAAAUCCCAUUAUGUUGCCAGUCUAUAUCUUUAAGUGUCUUAAUGUCAUUAAAUAUUUGGGUCCCGGGUGGUCUUCUAGGUACCGUGCUCUCCCUCCCCAGCAAGCAUGCUGCAGACACACGGCAGAUGGGAAAUUAUGCAGCCCGGGAUCCUUGUCUCCUUUUAUCUGUCUCCUGUGGUAAAGGAGGCCGAAAAUUAGACUUGAAACGGCUUCCUGGGGCAGGGAGAACAGCAGAGUCAGUACUGGGACUCUGCUCAUCCCAACUGCCCUGUGCUGGAGAUGGGGGGAAGGGAAUGGGAAGCACAGGCUUUCUGUGCCGGGCUGCCUGCCUGCGCAGGGCAGUGUUUGAGGGAUGCUGGUGGCUCCGAUGAUCAGCCUGCCACGGCCUCUCCGUGCAGGGACGGGGCUGGCUCUGCUGCUGGGGAGCCCCUGUGGUCAGCAGGAUGACUUUGCCUGAUGCCUGUGUUCACGUGGGGUUUAAGCCAUCUGUGCUGCUGUGCCGUGUUGCACUAAGCACAUGCCACUGCUCGAGUAAAUCACUUAUCUGCUCUGCGGGACUCGUGGCUGUCUAACCUCUUUAUCUUUUUUCUUGUGUCCAGCCCUCAGUGCCUCCAGUGCCAAACUACAAGCUCUCCAUGUCAAUCCCAGAAUGGCUCCAGGCAAUACAGACCUACAUGAAGCUGCUGCAAUACAAUCACACGGGAACACAGUUCUUCGAGAUCAGAAAAACCAGACCUCUGAGUGGGUUAAUGGAGACAGCAAAAGAAAUGACCAGGGAGUCCUUACCUAUCAAAUGCCUUGAAGCAGUUAUCCUGGGGAUCUACUUAACCAACGGGCAGCCCUCGGUGGAACGAUUCCCCAUCAGCUUUAAAACCCACUUCUCAGGGAACUAUUUUCAUCACGUGGUGCUUGGGAUUUACUGCAACGGCCGCUACGGCUCUCUGGGCAUGAGCAGGCGAUCGGAUCUGAUGGACAAACCUCUCACGUACCGAACUCUGAGCGACCUCAUCUUCGAAUUCGAAGACUCCUACAAAAAGUACUUGCAUUCGGUGAAAAAAGUCAAAAUCGGGUUGUACGUCCCGCACGAGCCGCACAGCUUCCAGCCCAUCGAGUGGAAACAGCUGGUCCUCAAUGUCUCCAAAAUGAUGCGCACAGAAGUCAGAAAGGAGCUGGAGAAGUUUGCCAGGGAUAUGAGGAUGAAGAUUCUGAAACCCUCAAGUGCCCAUUCUCCGAUGAAGGAGAGACCCCGGGGUAAGUCGCUGUCCCCUCGCCGGAGGCAGGGCAGCCCUCAGAGACGAGCCUGCAGGAGGGAUAAAUCGCCUGCGGUGCUGGACAAGAAAGGAGACCUGGCUACACUCAACGAGGUGGGCUACCAGCUCCGCAUCUGACAGAGCCACACCGCGGACUCCAGAGGGCUUCCCGCUGCUGCCGCUGCACUUUACCUGCACUCCCUUGGAAGGAAAAAGGAAUGGGACUAGUUAUUAACUUAUGUACUCUCACAAUAAAAGUUUGACCUAGAAAAUAGGGGGUAAUUUUUUUUGGUGGCAGUAUUUAUUUCAAUUUAUAGAAAAGGCAUCAGUGAAGAGAACCUAAAAUUAGAUUUGCCAGGAUAUGAGACUUUUUUUCUCUCCAUCAUGUAGCAGGUACCUCCAGUGGUGCGAGUUUCUUCAAAUAUAAUUUCCCUGUACAAGUGUUAAUUGAACUUAGCCUUGUGCUGGGUGGUAGCAUUGGAAUAACUAAUGAAUCAUAUUCUUAGUAUUAAGAUGUGCUGGGGUGCAGUGCAAUUAAAAAAAAUCACAUUCACUAUUUUUAAUUCAGCAAUAAAAGCAAGCAGUGCAGAAGUGGCAUAAGUUUUUAAAGUAUCAAUAUUACCUCACUAGACUUAAUAGAUAUGCAAAACUGUCAGUAUUAUUGUUUUCUACAUAAUUUGUACUGUUUCCCAGCAUUACUGGGAGUAUUAAAACAGCACUGGAUGUUUUACUGCCACCUGUAUUAUUAUUUUCUGCAUGUUGCCGAAAGAUGUUAAGUAAUAUGCAAGUGUAUUCUUAACACUGACAUCUUGUUAGGCAAGAUUUGAGGUUUUUUAAAUGAUGAUAAUUGAUGAAUAAUGGAUUUUUAAACUUUCAUAAUUUUUUAAAUACGUUUUUCACAAGCUUUUAGUCUUUCUGAACUACACCGCCGAAGCACAAAACAUAGAGAUUGCUGUUUUGUAGAGACAAGUCAGCUUUUUUCUCAUAUGUGUAGUACCUGGAAUAAUGGAAAAACUGUGGGAAUUGCUAACCUGAGUCUGUGUGCUUUUCCCUCCACAUUUAUGUGCAGAUUUGAACCUUGUCUUUGAAAGGCUGAGCAGUCUCCGAUGGGGAUGCUGUGACACCUUAUAUUAAAUCAGGCACGGCAGGCUGAAGUUAACCUUCUGCUGUGCUGUGCAGGGAGCUUUCCUACAUCUGUCCCAGUAACAACUGCUUAGUCAGACUUGAAUAAGGAAGUAUGGCUGAAAUAGAUGAAAAUCAAGCUUGUCUGCUUCCUCUCUGCUCAGCUGUUUUGUGUAAGACUUGGCUAAGGACUGUGAUGGACAGCAGUGUUCUCAAGUGACGUGGUAAGACUCACUGGGGUUCACCAUUCGACUUAGUGAAGUUCUCUGGAAGCAUUCAAGUGCUGCAUUCCUGGAAAUGUUUCAUUAGGUGCCUAAAUAUAAACUGGAUUAUUGUACAUGUCCUGCCUCUACUCUUUGUGCUGUGCUCAUAGAUGAUGCUGCCAUGGGCCUGGUGUACCUGCCCUCCUGGGCACUUACUUUUUUAGGAUUCGAUGAAGAUGGAUGCUGUUACAGACUGACAGUAAUGCUUAUUCAAACUGAAUGAUUUAAGCUCCUAAAACACUUCUAUCAGCCAGAAAAUGAAUGAAUACAGAAGGAAAGAACUGCUUGUACACAGACCUCGUUGCUCAAAAGACUGAAUUUCAUCUGCCUAGGACAGGAAGAAAAAGCCAAGACCCAGCAACCUCCUACAGCCAGUGAAAGGCUUUCUACUAAUUAAGACUCCAGAAGCUGGAGAAAGAAAACUUUUCAAAAGUGUAACACUUCUUUAUCCAAGUUUACCAUAUCAAUAAGAGGAAGGCCUUUCCCAUCCCUCUUUCUCUAAACUUUUCCACUCCUGUGUGCACAGUAAGGAUUUUUUUCUGGUUAAGGAGUGAAGCUGAAGAGAGCGAAAUACAGUUUUGGUAGAAAUUCUUGUGUAAUUUGACAUCAGUUGCAGAGUUUCAGUUUCAAACUUUGUGCUGCUCAGUGUCUUGUGACCCAAACAAUUUUUUAUGACUUCUAAUGGAUAAAAUGAUGUGGAAAAACUUUUGAUCAGCUGUAUCCUAUAGCACAAUGUUACCUGAUACGUUGCAAGUUUUUUCUAUGAAACCAUGGUUUACUUCAGCUCAAAUAAUGAUUGUAUAUAGUUUCUACCCUUGUCCAGCACAAUUUAUUUUCUCUUAACUGAUACGGAAGCUUUUUAAUUCUGUAGCUGUGUUGACAAAUUGCUUUUGGUUCUUGUUUAAAGUUCUGCUGAAAUAUUCUCUUGAAACUUGCUUAUGAUGGCAUUUGUCUUAAGUGUGGUUCAAGUGACAACAAAGUGGUCAAAUAGUAUAGAAAAACAUGCAUGACUUUUUGGGCUUUUUCUCAUCAUUUGUAUAUGCACAGCAUGAAACUUCAAUAAAAGUAUCAUGGUAAUCUUUUUUUUAAUGAC